ACUCCUGCUGUCCCUCAGGACAACAUCAUUUUGAAGGUCCAUCUUUCAAAAUUACCUUUCUUGCCAGUAGCCGAUCUACACACCACGUUGGUCCACAAUUUUUCUCGUUUCGGUAACGUGAGAGACGUCACUAUUUACCUCGACGAUGAGUCCAACACAGCUUUCUGUGGCAACGGUGCUAUCUUCUUGGACAGAUCAAUUGAUCCAGCUAACCCCAAAGCCUGGGAUAAGCUCACGUAUAAAAUCGAUUUAGGUAACCAGUCCUUCUGUCUUGGUAAAUGGGCUAAAAUGGAGUCCCAUUGUGUAUAUUGCAAGCAAAUGGGUCAUACCCGUAAGGACUGCCAAGAAAUACCAACUAUUAGUAAAACGUGUUAUCUAUGUGAUAGACGCGGGCAUCUCGCUCGCCACUGUCCCCGGUCUCACGAUAACUCCAUUGCCUCUUCAAAAAAACGAGUUCGUAACGAAGAGGAACCUUUUGUACCCAGCCUCAAUAAGGUCUUAGUAACACCCACCCACACUAUUAGUGCUGAAGAUACCGACGAAACAACUGGCACCGAACCCAAUUUCACCCUCGACGAAGUAACCCACAAGGAGGCCCGUCAUCCUCGUACUUCCCAAUCAAUUACGUUGGUAUCCGAUAACGAAUCUAUGAUGGACGUGUCGGAGGACGAUGCGGAUAGAUUAACAGAUGCCGAAGAGCUUCCCAUGGUAACCAAUAAUAUAUCAGCCAUUGUUGGAAAACAAACUACCAACAAAGCCAGUAACCCGACGACGACUUUCUCUAAAGUUACCACUUCUACUAUGAGCAACAAACGAGUCUCUCCUCGAGCUAAUAAAGGUGUCGCUGCUGUAAAAUAUGACCCUUCCUCCUCUUCACCGACAUCUUCCUUCCGGAAGACGUCUGACUGAUGAGGGGGCAGAUUCAAGUAUCUCCAACC